UCCGCCCCUGAGCGCAGGGCAGGCGGAGUUGCGGGUGAAGGGAGGGAUGUCUGGGGGCGGGGGUCCGGAUGACGGCAUAGGAUCGCGCCGUGCGGUCGGGGCGAGGAGCCUGACUGUACUGCUUGGGACUGAGCUUUCUCACUGGCAGAUGCCCCUUGGCUGCUGGGUUGGCGAGUGCAGGGAGACUGAGACCCAGAAAGAAAACUGGCAAAAGUUACCUUUUCAAGAUGUCACUAGCAAGACUGGUUUGGCAACAAGAUAGGAAGCAGCAGAUGAUCUUGAGAGAUCCUGGAGCUGCCCUCUUCAACAUGGGGCUGGAGGCCCAGAGACUGCCAGGGGCUGAGGAGGCCCCAAUGAAGGUGGCCCUGCGAGUUCGCCCACUGCUGCCCAAAGAGCUGCUACAUGGACAUCAGAGUUGCCUGCGCGUGGAGCCGGAGCAUGGUCAAGUCACCCUGGGGCGUGACCGCCACUUUGGCUUCCAUGUGGUGCUGGGAGAGGACACCGGGCAGGAGACAGUGUACCAGGCCUGUGUGCACCCUCUCUUGGAGGCUUUCUUUGAAGGCUUCAAUGCCACUGUCUUUGCCUAUGGUCAGACAGGCUCUGGGAAGACAUAUACCAUGGGGGAGGCCAGUGUGGCCUCCUUGCAUGAGGAUGAGCAGGGCAUCAUCCCGAGGGCUAUGGCUGAGGCCUUCAAGCUCAUUGACGAGAAUGACCUACUGGACUGCUUGGUGCAUGUGUCCUACCUGGAAGUGUACAAAGAAGAGUUCCGAGACCUGCUAGAAGUGGGCACUGCCAGUCGGGAUAUCCAGCUCCGGGAAGAUGAUCGUGGGAAUGUUGUGCUUUGUGGUGUGAAGGAAGUGGACGUGGAGGGUCUGGACGAGGUUCUCAGUCUCCUGGAGAUGGGCAACGCGGCUCGGCACACAGGCGCCACGCACUUCAACCGCCUCUCCAGCCGCUCACACACGGUCUUCACGGUGACCCUGGAGCAGCGGGGACGAGCGCCCAGCCGCCUGCCUCGACCGGCCCCCGGCCACCUGCUGGUCUCCAAGUUCCACUUUGUGGACUUGGCAGGCUCUGAGAGAGUCCUCAAGACAGGCAGCACGGGCGAACGGCUCAAGGAGAGCAUCCAGAUUAACAGCAGUCUGCUGGCGCUGGGCAAUGUCAUUAGUGCGCUGGGGGAUCCCCAACGCCGUGGCAGCCACAUCCCCUACCGCGACUCCAAGAUCACCCGGAUCCUCAAAGACUCCCUGGGUGGGAAUGCCAAGACGGUGAUGAUCGCCUGCGUCAGCCCCUCCUCCUCUGACUUUGAUGAGACCCUCAACACCCUCAACUACGCCAGCCGCGCCCAGAACAUCCGCAACCGAGCCAGCCGCGCCCAGAACAUCCGCAACCGAGUCACGGUCAACUGGCGGCCCGAGGCCGAGCGCGCACCCGAGGAGACGGCGGCGGGCACGCGCGGGCCGCCGCGGCACCGCUCGGAAACGCGCAUCAUCCACCGCGGCCGGCGCGCGCCCGGCCCCGUGGGGACUGCAGCCGGUCUGGGCGCCGAGUGCGCGCGCUGCCGGGCGCGCACUAGCGCCGCCUACAGCCUCCUUCGAGAACUGCAGGCCGAGCCGGGUCUGGCUGGAGCCGCCGCCCGCAAGGUGCGGGACUGGCUGUGCGCGGUGGAGGGCGAACGCAGCGCCCUGAGCUCCGCCUCCGGGCCGGACAGCGGCAUCGAGAGCACCUCCGCAGAGGACCAGGCAGCACAGGGGACCGGCGGGAGAAAGGAAGAUGAGGGAGCUCAACAGCUGCUGAUCCUGCAGAGCCAGGUGGCCCGGCUGGAAGAGGAGAACAGAGAUUUUUUGGCGGCAUUGGAGGAUGCAAUGGAGCAGUACAAACUGCAGAGUGACCGGCUUCGGGAACAGCAGGAAGAGAUGGUGGAGCUGCGGCUUCAACUAGAACUGGCAUGGCCUGGCUGGGAGGCUCCAGAACUCCUGCAAGGCCUGCUUCCGGGAUCUUUUGUGCCUCGACCCCACACAGCCCCCCUAGGGGGUACCUACACUCAUAUGCUGGGCAUGGUGCCCCCUGUCUGCUUUCCUGGAGAUGAUGUUGGCUCUGAGCAGCAGGUGACAGAUGGCAGAGAAGCCAGGGUGCUGGCCCAGGUAGACAGGCUGGGAAGUGGCUCUACCACUACUUCAGAGGAGGAAGAGGAAAAGGAAGAAGAGGAGGAACCACCUAGGCAUGCCUUGCAUCUGUGCAGAAAUGGUAUCAGCAACUGGAACCAGAAAUCUGGGGUGUGCCCAGGGAGCCCCCCUGACAGGAAGGGCUCAGAGCUCUGCCUGGAAGAGCCAGCUGCUAUCAUCCCAGCACCCCAAGCAGUUGGUGGCAGCAAGGCCCCAGUUCAGACCCGCCAGGCCCCAGCUGCCAUGGCCUCAGAGUGGCGACUGGCCCAGGCCCAGCAGAAGAUCAGGGAACUGGCCAUCAAUAUCCGCAUGAAGGAGGAGCUCAUCAGCGAGCUGGUCCGUACAGGGAAGGCAGCUCAGGCCCUGAACCGCCAGCACAGCCAGCGCAUCCGGGAGCUGGAGCAGGAGGCCGAGCGUGUGCGGGCAGAGCUAAGUGAAGGCCAGAGACAGCUGCGUGAACUGGAAGGCAGGGAGCCCCAGGAUGCCAGUGAACGGUCUCGGCUCCAAGAAUUCCGUAAGAGGGUGGCUGCAGCCCAGAGCCAGGUGCAGGUGCUGAAGGAGAAAAAACAGGUGACAGAGCGGCUGGUGUCACUGUCGGCCCAGAGUGAGAAAAGGCUGCAGGAGCUGGAGAGGAAUGUGCUGCUUAUGCGGCAGCAGCAGGGGCAGCUGCAGAGGCGACUCCGUGAGGAGACUGAGCAGAAGCGACGCCUGGAGACAGAGAUGAACAAGCGACAGCACCGUGUCAAGGAACUGGAGCUGAAGCAUGAGCAGCAGCAAAAGAUCCUGAAGAUCAAGACAGAAGAGAUCGCAGCCUUCCAGAGAAAGAGACGCAGUGGCAGCAAUGGCUCCGUGGUCAGCCUGGAGCAGCAGCAGAAGAUUGAAGAACAGAAGAAGUGGCUGGACCAGGAGAUGGAAAAGGUGCUGCAGCAGCGGCGGGCACUGGAGGAGCUAGGGGAGGAGCUCCACAAGCGGGAGGUCAUCCUGGCCAAGAAGGAGGCUCUAAUGCAGGAGAAAACGGGACUGGAGAGCAAGCGUCUUCGGUCCAGCCAGGCCCUGAAUGAGGACAUUGUACGUGUGUCCAGCCGCCUGGAACACCUGGAAAAAGAGCUCUCUGAGAAGAGUGGGCAGUUGCGGCAGGGCAGUGCCCAGAACCAGCAGCAAAUCCGAGGGGAGAUAGACACUCUGCGUCAGGAGAAGGACUCAUUGCUAAAGCAGCGCCUAGAGAUUGACAACAAGCUGAGGCAGGGUAGCCUGCUGUCACCUGAGGAGGAAAGGACACUAUUCCAGCUGGAUGAAGCCAUUGAGGCCCUGGACGCUGCCAUUGAGUACAAGAAUGAGGCUAUCACAUGCCGCCAGCGGGUACUACGAGCCUCUGCUUCCUUGCUGUCCCAGUGUGAAAUGAACCUCAUGGCCAAGCUCAGCUACCUCUCAUCCUCAGAGACCAGAGCCCUGCUCUGCAAGUAUUUUGACAAGGUGGUAACACUCCGAGAGGAGCAACACCAGCAGCAGAUUGCCUUCUCGGAGCUGGAGAUGCAGCUGGAAGAGAAGCAGCAGCUGGUGUACUGGCUGGAGGUGGCGCUGGAGCGGCAGCAGCUGGAGAUGGACCGCCAGCUGACCCUGCAGCAGAAGGAACAUGAACAGAACGUGCAGCUGCUCCUCCAGCAGGGUCGAGACCACCUCGGCGAGGGUUUAGCAGACAGCAAGAGGCAAUACGAGGCCCGGAUUCAAGCUCUGGAGAAGGAACUAGGCCGAUACAUGUGGAUAAACCAGGAGCUGAAGCAGAAGCUCAGCGUGGGAAAUGCCUCAGGCCAGAGUCGGGGUGGUGAGAGGAGAAGCCUCUGCAUAGAGAACAGACUGGGUCCUGGAAAUGAAGAUGGGCUCUACCCAGCAGCUCCUGAGCUUCUCUGGCAGUCCUCCCUCCCGGAGGGGGUGCCCCGUGUCCGGGAUGAGACCCGGGACUUGGUCCAUGCCCCUCUACCCCUGACAUGGAAACGCUCAAGCCUAUGCAAUGAGGAGCAGGGCUCCUCUGAGGAGCUGCGGGCCCGGGAAGCAACUGAGCCUCUAGUGGGGCGGGUGCUACCUGUGGGUGAAGUGGGCCUAUCCUGGAACUUUGGACCAUUGCCCAAGCCCCGGUGGGAAUCCCGAAGAGCCAGCCCAGGGAUGAUCGAUGUCCGGAAAAACCCUUUGUAGGCCUUGGGGCAGGCACUGUCUUAGAGAUUCUUAUCCUAUCCUGCUCAAAGGAGAAGCUGCCUGACUCACCUCUAUGAAGGUCUUACCUCACCGGAAAUCCAGAGCCUCACCUUUACAAUUGGAAUUAGCAAAUUUGGGCCACAGCUGUAACUUUCCCCCCUUAUGGUACUAGGGACCAAAUCCAGGGCCUUAGUGCACGGUAAGCACUGCACUCUACCACUAAGCUAUACCCCAGCACUGUUUUUUUAAUAUGCAAAUUCCUACUACCCACUUUAUGCAAGCUGUAGUACCUGACUGCCUUCUGCCUUUUCAUUUGUGGGACAAUUCUGGCUUUAAGCAAAAGUCUGUGCCCAUAGUUCUGGGUUCAUCUACAGGUUGUCACAAAAUGGUCAGUUAGCAACAUGGCUGUGGUUUCAUGGUCUUAUGUAGAUGAGAAAACUGGGAGUUAUUAACAUUUUUAGAAUUUAAAAAAUAUUUCAGAAUAAAUAAGAAUAAUCUCA